AUGGCGGCGGCCGGGGGAAUGACCCCGGCCACGGCGGACGCAGUGGAGGAGCUCACGCGACUGUACCGGGAGCUGCCGCCGCGCCCGGCCAUGGAGGAGGUGGAGGCGGCGGCGGCGGUGCUGGCCUCGGCGGAUGCGGAGGAGGAGGCGCGCCUGGCCGAGAUCGCCAGGGAGGAGGCGGCGGCGCGGGCGCGGGCGCCGGCGCAGGGCGUGCCGGCCGAGCUCUUCGACGUGCUGUGGGAGGCCAGGCGCAACUCCGUGCGCCUCCGUGCGCUGCAGCAGCGGAAGGAGGCCGCGCACGUCGUCGAGCUCGAGAGGCGGUUCAAGCUCUUCGACGACCUCAUCCAGAGGGCGUCGCGGGUGGUGUCCCCAGGUGGUGAUGGUGCCAGGGGCGGCGGGGGUGUUGCCGUGGUCGACCACGAGGUCGUGGAGGUCGAGGCGAGGCGGAAUCCGGCGCUGGCCGCCGCGGCAACAGAGAUAGACCGUGGAAGCAGGGGUGGCUUGGGAUUGGAACCCACGUCCGUCUCGUCGCUGCGUCGUGCUGCUUCAUCAGGUACUGACACAGAAAAGCUGGGCCUUAUCCAAGUGGCAAGCCUUAUAGAGUCAUCGGCAAAGAAGGGGACUACAGAGCUCAAUCUCCGGGGUAAGCUGGUGGACCAAGUUGAGUGGCUCCCUGUCUCACUUGGAAAGUUACAGGAUGUCACUGAGCUUGAUCUAUCUGAGAAUAGGAUCAUGGCACUCCCAUCAACAAUUGGUAGCCUUAGAUACUUGACAAAGCUUGACCUCCACUCAAACCAGCUGAUCAAUCUGCCUGAUACCUUCGGGGAACUUUCCAGCCUGAUUGAUCUUGACUUGCAUGCAAACCAGCUAAAGUCUCUUCCUACAUCAUUUGGAAAUCUCACGAGCCUUGCCAAUCUUGACCUGAGCUCGAAUCUGUUGAAGGUCCUUCCUGAUUGUUUAGGAAAGUUAAAAAACUUGAGAAGGUUAAUUGCUGAGACGAAUGAGCUUGAGGAGCUACCCUAUACUAUUGGAUCGUGCACCUCUCUUGUGGAGCUUAGAUUAGAUUUUAAUCAGCUCAAAGCCCUUCCAGAAGCCGUUGGGAAGUUGGAAAACCUGGAAAUCCUGACGUUACACUACAACAGAAUCAAAGGCCUGCCUACAACAAUUGGCCAUCUUACCAGGUUGAGGGAGCUGGAUGUCAGUUUCAAUGAAGUUGAGACUAUACCUGAGAACAUUUGCUUUGCAGCCAGCCUUGUGAAGUUGAAUGUCAGCAGAAACUUUGCUGACUUAAGAGCCCUGCCAAAAUCAAUAGGCGAACUUGAGAUGCUAGAGGAGCUGGACAUCAGUAGUAACCAGAUACGAGUACUUCCAGACUCUUUUGGGCAUCUCUCAAAGCUACAUGUGUUUCUUGCUGAUGAAACUCCACUGGAAGUACCGCCUAAAGAAGUUGUAAAAUUGGGGGCUCAGGAGGUGGUUAAUUAUAUGAAGAAUAUGGUUGCUGCAAGGGAAGUGAGCCUGAAGGAAACAGAUAAGAGGACCGUCUGGACCUGGCUCGGCUCACUGUUUGGUUGUUGCAAAAAGAAUCAAGGAUUGGGACCAGUUCCAGUUUAG